AUGCCUAACUCAUUCGGUUUACGAGCACGAACAAGGCACUUGUUUUCUCGACCUUUUGGCGAGAAGGGACGAACACCCGUAUCCACCUACUUGAGGAAUUUCAAGGUCGGAGAUAUCGUAGACAUCAAAGCAAACGGUUCAAUCCACAGGGGUAUGCCUCACAAAUACUACCAUGGCAAAACUGGUGUCAUCUACAACGUAACCAAGAGCUCUGUCGGGGUCAUUUGCUACAAGAUUGUUGGAAACCGAAAAAUGGAAAAGAGAGUAAACCUUCGAGUAGAACACAUCAAGCACUCAAACUGUCGAUUGGACUUCUUGAAACGUGUCAAGGAAAACGCUCGUCUGAAAAAGGAGGCAAAGGCUGCCGGCAAAACCGUCAAUGUAAAGCGACAGCCUAAAGCUCCGAGAGAAGCUCACAUUGUACCUGCCAAGGACAAUGCACCAACCACCUUCACCCCUGUUCCAUAUGAAGCAUUGGUGUAA